GUUUCUUACUUCACGGUUAUAUACAUGGUGAACAAAAGUAUACGUAUAAUAUAAUGCACAAUAUUUUCAAUUUAAAGUUGAAGUAGAAUCAAUUGUUAAUAAAUAGUAAUUUCUAGUCUACUGAUAAAUGAUCUUAAACUCAAUUAUUUUCAUAAACUAAAAAUAAAUCUCUUAAGUAACACAAUGGCAUCUACAUGUAUGAUUAUAAGUCGACAAAUUUCAACAUCAUCUAUUGCUCAUGGUAAACGAAAUUUUCGAAUGAUACAGAUCUAUAAUAAAAGAGGUACCCGAGCCUUUAAAAAAGACCAAGCUACAAAUCCCAAUUGUGAUAUACCAAUUGAUAGAAGAGGAACAAGAUUAACCGGGAGAUAUGUGGAUGGUAAAUUUGUUAAUAUACCAGAAAUGAUACCAGAACUUAUUGUUCCUUCUUUAAAAGAUUUCGAUUUAAAGCCAUACGUUUCUUACAAAGCUGAAGUUAAACAGCGUGAAUAUACUGCUAAAGACUUAUUCAAUUUUGUUUAUGCUAAGAAAAUUAAAGAAGAUUUUAAGAAUGGGCAAUUGGAUUCAAAAGGUGAACCAUUAAAUCCUAGUGAAUAUGAAAAAUUAACGCCUGAAGAAGCCAGAAUUCGAGCUGAAAAAACUGGUACAGAUAUUUUUACACCAGAGAGAGUGGAAAUCUGAAUUAUAUGUUCAUGUCAAAACAUAUACAAAAUAUGCAAAAAUAAGUGUUUGUAGUAUUUGAAUAAUUUCAUUCUACAAAUAAAAUAGUAACAAUA